AACCAGAUCCAUCUCCAGGUGGUGAAGGGGCUGGAGGAUGUGGAGGUGUGUGAGAGUGAGGGCUGCACGUUCGAGGUGACCCUCAACCUGUCCUACAUAGUGGGCACCUGGACCAAAGAUGGGGUCAGGCUAAAGUCCAAGCCCACCUGUCGCAUCACUACCCAUAAGAAUAAACACACUCUCACCUUCACCCGGGUCACCAUAGGAGACACUGGCUUGUUCUCCUUCCAGACUGACGGGAACCAAAACUGGAUCCAAACCUCAGGCCAACUCACUGUCAUAGGUAACAGAAUGACAGAACACAACAGAUGAGAGGAAUAAUGCAACUGGGACAAUUGUAUGACCCUCCCUCAGUCUAACGCUUCUGUAAUAGCUGGAAGUCUCUUGCCAGUUUGUCUCUAUAUUAGCCAGAUAUUGUCUCACUGACUUGGCAGACUAAUGGCUUGGCCUAGAAUAAAUGUAAAAUCACAGAUAAAUCCCAGUUCAGACCACAAUACAUCACAGCACAUAAUUUGAUCGAAUCACAUACUCGAUCUCUAGGUAAUUUCUGGCCUAUCUGUCUGUGUUUGUCUCACUGUGGUUGUCUGCCAGCCAGAGACAUACAGAUUGUGAAGGAGUUGGAAGAUGAGGAAGUGACUGAGAGACAGAGUGUGACCUUCCUGUGUGAGGUCAACUAUGAGGACGUGGACGGGCGUUGGUACAGAGACAACACCAGGAUCAAACACGGAGACAACGUCAAGAUCAGGCACGAGGGUGAGCAUGGGACACAACUGAGCCUAGUCAUGGAAAUGUGUCUAUAGCUCAGUAUUCUACCAAUUAUAUGUAUUAACCCUAGAUGACUGACAGGAGGCGCUGUUGAAAUGUGUCUAUAGCUCAGUAUACUACCAAUGAUAUGUAUUAACCCUAGAUGACUGACAGGAGGCCAGGUUGAAAUGUGUCUAUAGCUCAGUGUACUACCAAUGAUAUGUAUUAACCCUAGAUGACUGGCAGGAGGCGCUGUUGAAAUGUGUCUAUAGCUCAGUAUACUACCAAUUAUAUGUAUUAACCCUAGAUGACUGACAGGAGGCGCUGUUGAAACGUGGAGAAAGUUUUACUUUACUGAAAGCAGACAAUAAACCACUUUAUAAUUGUAUAGUAACAGCUUUAACAGGUGUAUUAUAUCUGUCUGCCUUAGGCAUAUCAUCACUUUACCUAAAGCAAUCAAAGGUUACUUUAUAGUGGCUUAUAAGUAUGCUAUAACACACCAUAACAAAGAUUAUGAUGCAGUAAUAAUGAUGUGCUUUUCAUUGACAAAAUAAACAUUAGAAAUGCAUCACACUGAUGGUCAUUAUAAUGCUUUAUGAUCCUUGAGGAAAAAAUGACCUGGAAUUAUGCAGCACUAUGUUGCUGUACAUUAUAAGUGAUUAUGAUUAUAGGUAUUGGUAUAUGGAAUUAUGAGUCUAUAUAAGUCUUUUGAGUGCAUAAUUAUGCUUAUACUGUAUUAUUACUCUAUCAUAGUGCAUUAUGAGUACAUGUAUAAUGCUGUAUGAUGCAUUACGCAUAUGGGCUUCAUAGAAAGUGUUACCAUAUUUGUUUAGAGAGUACUAAUGUUACUGUCCCCAUUACAACAAAUAAAUACUUAAAUACAUGUAAUUUUGCCCUUGAAACAUUUUAUUGAAAUACUGUAGAAUUCCAUUCAUUCCUAUGGAGGACUGCUCCUACUGGGGAGUGCCAAUAUAGAGGCCGGUGGCUUCAAAGCCUCUCAUUGGCCACUAAAUAGCACCAGCAAUCCAGGGUUUAUACACAUAAUUGAAUACUACUAAUGAAACAUGUAUUUCUAUCUGAAUACAGGUAAAACUCACUCCAUGUGCUUCAAGUCUGUAAGGCCAGCAAUUGCUGGGGAGAUCAAAUUCACUGCUGACAGGAUCUCCUCCUAUGCAACUCUCACGGUAAAAGGUGAACAACAUCUAUUUUGAGAAUCAACUAUCUCAAGGUUCCUCAAUGACAAAAAAAACCUGUAUCUGGCCUAAGUGACCUCAUCAGGUGAAGGUUCAAUAAACAAUGGUUCAAUGUUACUCCUAUUUCCACAGAGCUACCUGUGCAGAUAGUGAAGCCUCUGAGAGUGAAGAUUGCGAUGUACAAACACAAAGGACUGCUGGAGUGCCAGGUGUCCAGGGCCAAUGCCCUGGUCAGGUGGUUCAAGAACAGGCAUGAGAUCCAGCCCAGUAAGAAGCACCAGAUUGUUAGCGACGAUGUCUACAGGCAGCUGCACAUUGAUGACGUGGCCUCAUCUGACGAGGACACCUACACCUGUGAUGCUGGCGAUGACAAGACCUCCUGCCAGCUGCUAGUGGAGGGUGAGAUGCUCAUUGUGAUUCAUUCUGACUUAUUGUCUGGUCAGCUUAACAUACUAGUUCCAAUGUUAUAUAUAUUUUUAUGUUAAAUGUUAAUAAGCAGUUUACAAGCACACCUUCAUAUAAAGUGUUACACCCUUUUACUUAUCCGUAAGUCACCAAAACACAUCAUUCAACUAAAUAUACUACAUGGCUAAAAGUAUGUGAACACCCCUUCAAAUUAGUGGAUUCGGCUAUUUCAGCCACACCCGUUGCUGACAGGUGUAUAAAAUUGAGCACACAACCAUGCAAUCUCCAUAGACCAACUUUGGCAGUAGAAUGGCCCGUACUGAAGAGCUCAGUGACUGUUAACGUGCCACCGUCAUAGGAUGCCACCUUUACAACAAGUCAGUUAGUCAAAUUUCUGCCCUGCUAGAGCUGCCCCGGAUAACUGUAAGUGCUGUUAUUGUGAAGUCGAAACAUCUAGGCUCAGCCGCGAAGGGGUAGUCCACACAAGCUCACAGAACGGGACCGCCAAGUGCUGAAGCGCUUAGUGUGUAAAAAUCGUCUGUCCUCGUUUGCAACACUCACUACUGAGUUCCAAACUGCCUCUGGAAGCAACGUCAGCACAAGAACUGUUCGUCGGGCGCUUCAUGAAAUGGGUUUCCAUGGCCGAGCAGCCAUACACAAGCCUAAGUUCACCAUGGGCAAUGCCAAGCAUCGGCUGUAGUGGUGUAAAGCUCGCCGCCAUUGGACUCUGGAGCAGUGGAAACACGUUCUCUGGAGUGACGAAUCACACUUCACGAUCUAGCAGUCCGACGGACGAAUGCAUAGUGCCAACUAUAAAGUUUGGUGGAGGAGGAAUAAUAGUCUGGGUCUGUUUUUCAUGAUUCGGGCUAGGCCCCUUAUUUCCAGUGAAGGGAAAUCUUAACGGUACAGCAUACAAUGACAUUCUAGACAAUUCUGUGCUUCCAACUUUGUGGCAACAGUUUGGGGAAGGCCAUUUCCUGUUUCAGCAUGACAAUGCCCCCGUACCCAAAGCGAGGUCCAUACAGAAAUGGUUUGUUGAGAUCGGUGUGGAAUAACUUGACUGGCCUGCACAGAGCCCUGACCUCAACCCCAUCAAACACCUUUGGGAUGAAUUGGAACGCUGACUGCGAGCCAGGCCUAAUCGCCCAACAUCAAUGCUCUUGUGGCUGAAUGGAAGCAAGUCCCCGCAUCAAUGUUCCAACAUCUAGUGGAAAGCCUUCCCAGAAGAGUGGAGGCUGUUAUAGCAGCAAAGGGGGGGGGGGGGGGGGGGACAACUCCAUAUUAAUGCCCAUGAUUUUGGAAUGAGAUGUUCGACGAGUAGGUGUCCACAUACUUAAUGUAUGUUCACACUGAUAACCCAACUAUUUACCUUACUCACUUCCUGGAUGUACACUUUCCUUUGAAGGCGCCCUAAGUGAUGAUACUGAUCCAAUGUGUGCUCCCUGUGCAUGCAGAGCAGGCUAUCAGCAUAGUGCGGGGGCUGAGGUCUGUGGAGGUGACCGAGCCCAGGGAGGCCCUGUUCCAGGUGGAGACCAGCCUGAGGGCGGGGAGACCCCCCAAGUGGACCUUGGAUGGAAAGGUCCUGAUGGAGGGGCCUGAACUGACCAUAGACCGGGAGGGCACACUGCACACCCUCUGCUUCAUCAGCACAGACAGCUCUAUGACCGGCCCUGUGCAGUUCAACGCCGGGAAGAGCCGCUCCACGGCACAGCUCACCGUUAAGGGUAAGGUAGUUAAUUGAUUAUCACUAAGUGAAAGUUGGAACGAUACCCUGCUCACUGUUGACAGUGACCCUUCAGGCUCUAGGCUAGAAUACUGUAUUGCAAGAGGUGUUUGCCGUUGGGUUCAUACUUUGCUUUUUAAUCCCUUAAACAGACUAAGAUAGAGAAUUAUAUCAUUAUCCAUCCCUGUACCUUUCCAGAGCGCCCUCUGAAGGUGGUCCAGCCCAUGUCAGACGUGGAGGCUAAAGAGAACAGCUCGGUCACACUGAGCUGUCAGUUCGCCCCCUCCCCAAGGGUGGUGCACUGGUACAGGGGCCGCACCGCCCUGCAGACAUCCAGCAAGUACAGCAUGAGGACGGAGAAGAGCCAGGCAGAGCUGACCAUCCAGGGCCUCAAGGAGACCGACACUGGCCAGUACAGCUGCAUGGCUGGAGGGUCAAAGAGCACGGCCAAGGUCACUGUGGAGGGUGAGGAUGCUGUUGUUUGAACUGUAUUAAAGAGUGCUAGAAAUGUUUUUGCGGACAAAGCUUCAACGUUCAGAUGGUUGAUCAUGGAAAUCAGCUUCAUGCUUGAUGAUGUGAAACUCUUUAUAUAUCACUUCAUCUAUACUGCUUCAUCUAUACUGUGCUGUUUAAGUGAUAAUGCCAGAGAAGCCGGUGUUUGGAGGGUAUAUUGGCACGGGUGUUGUUACGCCCGAGAUGAAAUGCCGGCUUUGAGGGCAUUAUCACUUUUAUACAACGGGUUAUCAACAUAUUCAAAUAAUUAUUUACAUAUUUUAAUUAAAAACUUUACUUUGAUGAAUUUAUUCAUACUAUUUCAUCCUUCCACAAGAUAUAGUCACGACACAAAUCUUGGGUUGCUACCCAAGCCGGCUGGUCGUUCGUUCUAUCGGUUCAGUUGCCAGAGACGCGAUCCAGUCGUUAAGUCUUUUUGUUCUGUAUCUAUGGACGCAACCCAGUCGUUCGUUAUAAAUGUUCUAUUGCCAUACUGGCUGGCAACGUUCUUAUCCCUUGCUUGCUAGCCAACUACGGCUAACUUACAGUCACGUCAAACAGUGCAGACUGAAUAACAACAAAGUAGCUGCAUUUUCAUUUGUUUAAGCUGUUUUCUAGUGACAUUUAUUUGGAUACAUCCAUAACAAUGAGCUAAUGAUGCACGAUUUCACCUGGCAUAGAAAAUGUGCUCUCUCGUGAGGUCACUUGUUCAGAGGAGCUAGCCAACAACACAGCUAACACAAUCACUUCAAACUGAAGCUGGAAAGACAGCAAACUAGCUGUUUUGUUUUACCUGUUUUCUAUUGAUAUUUCUUUGUGUAUAUCCAUAAAAAUUAUGCUGAUUCAUGAUUUCGACUGGCUGAGAAAAUCUGCCUGCCUGCCUGUCUGUCUCAUCCCGACUCGUUCAUUACUAUGCGAUAACUGGAGAUCGAAUUUGAAUAUUGAUACAAUGUUGCAAAUGUCGUAGAGAUAGACAGUAAAGUUUAUACCAUUCUCCGCUGUUGAAAAACAAAAUGUUAGUCUAAAAGAAAUGAGAAGUGAGAUAAUGUCUAGAUGCUUUUUAUAGUGGAGAUCAAGUUUAUAAAUUGCCUGGCUGGGCUGAUGAGACAGUGGAUUGCGCAGUCAGAUGGAAAAGAGUAAAUAGGCAUUUUAACGUCAUAGAUUUAGCCGGUGGUAACUUGUGGAAUAGACACCUGCUGGAAUGCGGUUUUAACUAAUCAGCACCCCUUGUAGAAACAGUAGAUAUUAAUGACAAGAAAACCCUGACACCAUGGAUAUUAACUAUAUAUAUUUUUUUCAGUGCGAAGGCUAAAGAUCGUAAGGCACCUGGAGCACAUGAAGGUGGAAGAGGAUAGCAACGCCACGUUCACAUGUGAACUCAACUACGUAGUAGCCAACGUGCAGUGGCUUCUGAACGACAACCACCUCAAUGCCAACACUUUUACCAGGAUUCAGAACAUGGGCACCAUUCACAGCCUCACCAUCAAAAAGCUCUGCCCACAGGAGAGCAGGGUGACCUUCAAGGCCGGCCUUCUCACAGAGUCCACAUCCCUCAAGGUCAAAGGUAUGCCUUGUACAGUUGUCACUUUUCACUUGUGAGCUGCCACUGCAAGAGUAAUUGAGAAAGUAGUGUAAUGCUAGUGGUUGUAUGUUCCUUGUCAGUUCUGUUUAAGUCUUACAGUUUAUUUGCAAUGUAUAGAGGACGACAGAGUUUGUUUUUCCCCAAUCUGGAGAUCUAAUUGGAAAAUGAAGCAAAUCUAAUAGACUUUGUAUGUCUGAGACCUGAAGAUGAUUGAAUCUGAUCUCCUUAAGUAACUCGGAAUGAGCAAGAGAUCUAUCAGCCACUGAUGCAUGGAAGAAUGUAAGAGAUUUAGAUUUAGAUCAGUAGCUAAUGUGUUUGGACUGUUUCUUGUCUCCUCCAGAAAAGCCAGCAGUGUUCCUCAGGUCUCUAGAAGACAUGUCAGGGGAGGAGGAGGGGAAGGUGUGUCUGCAGUGUGAGACCUCUAAGGAAACGGUCACCCCCGUCUGGAGGAAGGAUGGUACGGUCCUGGCCAGCAGUGACAAAUAUGAGCUGCUCAUGUUUGGGAAGUCCUUAACCCUCAUCAUCCAUAGUCUGAGUAAGGAUGAUGCAGGCCACUACAGCUGUGACCUGGGCACUAGCCAGACCAAGGCCAAGGUCACUGUACAUGGUACGUAUGGUCCAGAUCAUCAGUGUGGUCUGGACCAAAAAUUAUUGGACCAGAAAUCUCCAUCUGAUCGUCAAUCAAUUGUCCAUCUGAUCUCACUGACAUUUCCCUCCACAGACCUUCACAUCACCAUCGCCCAGCGUAUGAAGACCGUCUCUGUUCUGGAGGGUGAGAGUUGCAGUUUCGAGUGCGUCCUCUCUCACGACGUCAUCGACGAGCCCUCCUGGACCCUGAACGGUCAACUUGUGAUCAGCAACAGCCGCAUCCAGAUCGUAAACAAAGGCCGCAAAUACAAGAUGACCAUCAGAGAUGCAACUAUGACUGAAGCUGGGGACAUAGUCUUCUUCAUCAAAGACCUCAGCUGCAGGACCAUGCUGUUCGUCAAAGGUGAGUGUCUGAAAUGUAUACUAAGCUGGGUGUCAUCAUGGCCAGUCAUGACCUAAUCUCUGGAAAAGCAAAAAGAGGAUUGCACUCAAGUAAUAUUAAUUAAUCUGUAAUGUGUGUUUGUUCCUAAAGAGAACCUAUAGCAACAUGUGUCUGUGUCGACAGAAGGCCUGUAAAACAUAUUUGUCCCUAGAGGAAAUCUGAUGUAAUGUGUAAUACACUGCUCAAAAAAAUACUCCAAGUCAAUCACACUUCUGUGAAAUCAAACUGUCCACUUAGGAAGCAACACUGAUUGACAAUACAUUUCACAUGCUGUUGUGCAAAUGGAAUAGACAACAGGUGGAAAUUAUAGGCAAUUAGCAAGACACCCCCAAUAAAGGACUGGUUUUGCAGGUGGUGACCACAGACCACUUCUCAGUUCUUAUGCUUCCUGCUGGCGGUGCUUUCACUCUAGUGGUAGCAUGAGACGGAGUCUACAACCCACACAAGUGGCUCAGGUAGUGCAGCUCGUCCAGGAUGGCACAUCAAUGCGAGCUGUGGCAAGAAGGUUUGCUGUGUCUGUCAGCGUAGUGUCCAGAGCAUGGAGGCGCUACCAGGAGACAGGCCAGUACAUCAGGAGACAUGGAGGAGGCCGUAGGAGGGCAACAACCCAGCAGCAGGACUGCUACCUCCGCCUUUGUGCAAGGAGGAGCAGGAGGAGCACUGCCAGAGCCCUGCAAAAUGACCUCCAGCAGGCCACAAAUGUGCAUGUGUCUGCUCAAACGGUCAGAAACAGACUCCAUGAGGGUGGUAUGAGGGCCCGACGUCCACAAGUGGGGGUUGUGCUUACAGCCCAACACCGUGCAGGACGUUUGGCAUUUGCCAGAGAACACCAAGAUUGGCAAAUUUGCCACUGGCGCCCUGUGCUCUUCACAGAUGAAAGCAGGUUCACACUGAGCACAUGUGACAGACGUGACAGAGUCUGGAGACGCCGUGGAGAACGUUCUGCUGCCUGCAACAUCCUCCAGCAUGACCGGUUUGGCGGUGGGUCAGUCAUGGUGUGGGGUGGCAUUUCUUUGGGGGGCCGCACAGCCCUCCAUGUGCUCGCCAGAGGUAGCCUGACUGCCAUUAGGUACCGAGAUGAGAUCCUCAGACCCCUUGUGAGACCAUGUGCUGGUGCGGUUGGCCCUGGGUUCCUCCUAAUGCAAGACAAUGCUAGACCUCAUAUGGCUGGAGUGUGUCAGCAGUUCCUGCAAGAGGAAGGCAUUGAUGCUAUGGACUGGCCCGCCCGUUCCCCAGACCUGAAUCCAAUUGAGCACAUCUGGGACAUCAUGUCUCGCUCCAUCCACCAACGCCACGUUGCACCACAGACUGUCCAGGAGUUGGCGGAUGCUUUAGUCCAGGUCUGGGAGGAGAUCCCUCAGGAGACCAUCCGCCACCUCAUCAGGAGCAUGCCCAGGCGUUGUAGGGAGGUCAUACAGGCACGUGGAGGCCACACACACUCCUGAGCCUCAUUUUGACUUGUUUUAAGGACAUUACAUCAAAGUUAGAUCAGCCUGUAGUGUGGUUUUCCACUUUAAUUUCCAAAUCCAGACCUCCACGGGUUGAUAAAUUUGAUUUCCAUUGAUAAUUUUUGUGUGAUUUUGUUGUCAGCACAUUCAACUAUGUAAAGAAAAAAGUAUUUAAUAAGAUUAUUUCAUUCAUUCAGAUCUAGGAUGUGUUAUUUUAGUGUUCCCUUCAUUUUUUUGAGCAGUGUAUAUAUAUCCCUACUCCUAUAGAGAAGCCAGUGCAUGUGUUCAGGGACAUGAUGAGCGUUAAAGCCACCCCAGGGGAGGACGCUGAACUGAGCUGUGAGAUCACCAAGCCUGAGGCCUUCAUCCGUUGGCUGAAGAACGGCCAUCAGAUCAGGCACAGCCCCCCCAAGUACGAGAUUAGUGUGGAGGAGCACCUGGUACGGCUAGUGAUCGCGAACACCUGCAUCAGAGACUCUGGGGAGUACUGCUGUGAGGCCGAUGGCAUCGCCACCCGGGCCAAGCUGGAGGUCAGAGGCAAGUACUGGGUAGUACUACAGUAUUUCUGUAACUGUACAGUGCUGUUUAGCAAAGUUGUGGAUUCGUGUCACAUGCAAAUGAGAUUAAUUGUGACAAGACUUUGACUCGGAGCCUCAAGACUCAACUUUGACUUGAGACUGAUGACUUGAAGGACUUGUUUUGAAAUGUUCUGUUUUGAAAUGUUUUGGCCAGUUUUUAUACUGCUUUUGCACCAUUUUGUCACUCCACACACCUGCUCAGGUGUAGCACACAGGAAGUGUAUUUAACCCCUCCCACCUCUGCAGAGCUGCAGCACUCAUUUUCACGGGAGCUGCGGGACACACAGGCCGAGGAGAAGAGCAAGGUGAUGCUGGAAUGCGAGACGAGACUGCCGGCCAAGCGGGUGACCUGGCUGAAGGGCAUGGCGGAGCUCCGGGCGGGCAAGAAGUAUGUGAUGAAGCAGAAGGGUGUGGUCCUCUACCUCACCAUCAGCUGCCUGGAGAAGGGUGACACCGACGUGUACACCUGCGAUGUUGGCACCAUGCAGAGCCGGGCGCUACUGACCGUGCAUGGUAAGGCCAUAGAUAUAGAAUGAAUAGAACGGUCAUUACCAUUAAAGUCAGUGUGGAACGACAGGCAUUUUGAGUGCACCCAUUCUAUACAGCUUGUAUGUUUCAUGUUAAAUCCCUGUGUGUGUGAUCUCUGCAGGUCAGAAGGUGUUGAUCAUGGACGAGCUGGAGGAUGUUGAGUGUCUGGAGAAUGACACAGUGAUGUUCAGGUGUCGUAUCUGUCCCAGCGACUAUGUUGGGGUCAAUUGGUACCUGGAUGAGACCUUACUGUACACCAACGAGCUGAAUGAGAUCCAGGUGAUCCCGGGGGGCUACCACAGCCUCACGUUCAAACAGCUGGCUCGUAAAGAUUCAGGCACCAUCUCAUUUGAGGCAGGCGACAAGAGAUCCUACGCCUCACUGCUUGUUAGAGGUAAUGUCAGCAUAAAGUUAAUUGUUUUACAACAACUAUUCACAAAAUGUUAAUUAUGUGUCAAUCAUUUUUGUACAGAGUGUAUGUAUUUGACAUGUUGUCUAUGUAAUCUACCCUUCCCGUGGAAAAGAGCGACGUCCCACCAUUACCAAAGCAUUGGAGGACUGUGAGGCCAUUGAGGGAGGCAGUUUGGUGCUGGUGUGUAUGACCUCUAAGCCAUGCCACAUCCUGUGGUACAAAGAUGGCUGCCUAAUGUGGAUUUCCUCAAGGUACUAUGUCAGUCAAUCAGGUAACGAGGCCAGGCUGACCAUCAGGGAGGUCAGUAACAGUGAUGCAGGGGUGUACGAGUGCAGCGCUGGAUCGGUUAGCACCAAGGCUGUCGUCACUGUAAAAGGUGAGAACAGGACCUAUUUUUUCCUUCAUUUUAUCAUGUUGUUGUCCCCCUUACUGGUCAUUUGGCAUCACAUGUAAAGUUUAAUGUAUGGGAUAGUGGUCAUAGUCAAAUGUGAUAACAAUUAUUUCAAAAGACAGAACAGGAUUACUUCUUUACCUGUUUGCUUUACAACUCCUCCUAGAUUAUUCUUGUCACAGUACAAUGUACAGUAUUAGUCAUUGGGAGAUGCUGUUAUGGGUCCUUCUUUCUAUUCCAGCCAUCCCAGCUGAGUUCACCCAGCCGCUGCGGAGCAUGGAGGUAAAGGAGGGGGAGGAUGUGACCCUGUCCUGUGAGUUCUCCCUGCCGGGGGUUGCAUUCCACUGGAGGAGGGGCUUGGAGACCCUCAGAGCUGGAGAGAGGUACCUGAUGAAGCAGAAGAAGUCCUUCAUCUCUUUGACCAUUACUGGCCCGAAGCCUCAGGACUCAGGAGAUUACACCUGUCAGUGCCGAGACCACAGAACCACAGCCACCCUCACAGUACACGGUAAAAGCCAUCCUUGCUUUUCAUUUCAAUUUCCAGGAUGCAUCAUAUGGAGUAACAUUAGUGCCAACAGAAAUCAAAUGAAUUCAAUAACUUUGCAAUGUUGCAUUAUCACACCCACACAUUAAACCCAAUCUAUCUGAAGAUUAAUGGAAAUAUUUUUAAUAGACAUUUCCAUUUUCAUUCAGUCUUCAUGCCUGUUGGUAGUUAAUACUAAAAUAUGGCUAUUUACUCCCCAGCUAUCCCCAUCUCCUUCAAACAACAGUUGAAAAAUGUUCAGGCUGAGGAGGGCAACAGUUUUACAUUGCGCUGUGAGCUUUCUAAACCAGGAGUGCCUGUAGAGUGGAAGAAAGGGGAGGAGCUGGUAAAGAAUGGAGUGAAGUUCCAGAUAAGGAAGAGAGAGACCAUAUCGGAGCUUCAGAUAUGGAAAACUGUGCCUGAAGACAGUGGAGUCUAUAGCUGUGAGUGUGCAGACCAAAAGACCACAGCCACCGUCAAAAUCAGCGGUAGGAAGUUUCUCAGCCUUAUUAUGUUUUCCUGUAUAGCUAAUCUUUCUUGAAGUUACAUUUUAUGAAUUUACAUUUUGGACAUUUACAUGAAGGCACAUUUUUUUAUACAGUUUGUACUAUUCUCAUUAAAUUAUUUUUCAUGUUUCUUCAGCCCUGCCUGUUACCUUCAAACAAAAGCUGAGGAACGUGCAGUUUGAGGAGGGGAACAAUUUGGUGUUACACUGUGAGCUCUCUAAACCAGGAGUCCCUGUUGAAUGGAUGAGGGGAGGAGAGGAGCUUCUGAACAAUGGAGAGAAGUUUCAGAUAAGACAGAGAGAGUUGGUGAAUGAACUGAAGAUAAUAGAUGCGAAACCUGAAGACAGCAAUAUCUACACCUGUGUUUGUGGCAAUGUGGAGACCACAGCCGGUGUUACGGUCACAGGUAAGGGUUUGAGACAAUUGAGAAAAUAUUUAAAAUCACAUUGAAUUCAUAUCCAAUGUGAACAAAAUUGUAUGCAGUAUACAGUACAUCAGCAUCAAAUCACAGUCCUUUAAGUAAAUAGACGGCAUUCCAUGUCUCUCAUUGCCAUGGUGUCUUUCAGCAAUUCCCAUCACUUUCAAGCAAAAGCUGAGGAACCUGCAGACUGAGGAAGGGAACACCAUCUCGCUGCACUGUGAGCUGUCUAAAGCAGGGGUCCCAGUGGAGUGGAGGCUGGGAGGAGAGAUGAUACUGCAGAAUGGAGACAAAUACCAGAUCAAGCAGACAGACUCAGCACUGGAACUCCUCAUCAGGGAGGCUCUGCCAGAGGACAGUGGAGUCUACAGCUGUGUGUGUCGAGACCAGAAGACAAAGGCCACUGUCAAAGUCAUUGGUAGGGGGAAAAAUGCUCUGUGCUCUAAUGAAACAACUGUCACUGGUGUUCAUUGCACAUAAACGUGGUUAACCUAGAGUCGAUGUCCACGCCCCUGCGGACAUCGACUCUAGCUUAAGAAUCUGUCUCUUUAAGCUAGAGAUAUCUAUUUUUUGCAUGGGCUGUGUCUGAAUCCACCGCAUCCGACGAUAAUGGCCAUCCACAACUGCGGUUAAAGGUGGCAGAGCUAGAGCGGUGUUUGUCAGACCGUGAGACAUCCAGAAAAUUGGCCUUCUCACAAAAAUGUCUGUAGCGUUCUAAAAUUCAAAAUCAAAUAGCUAAAUGAUCUUUGGUAUGACCAUCUUAAAACAAUACCAUAUGUUAGCUUAGUAGAAUCCCCCUCUCUAGGGUGUUUAAUGUUCCUGACUUAACCAGAGCCCUUAACUAUAGUGUAGGCUUCAUUUAAUGUCCUUCAUCUUAUCCACUGAAGGGGAAGGUUUCUCAAGGCUGUUCUAGCUUUCAGCACAUUCAAUGUUCACUCUAUGAUGAAAUAGUUUUUUUCCCCCAGCUGUACCUGCCACCUUCAAAGUGGGUCUGAAGAACCAGGAGGCCCCAGAGGAGGGUAGCGUAACCCUGCACUGUGAGCUGUCUAAGGCUGGGGUCUCAGUGGAGUGGUGGAGGGGGGAAACAGAACUGUCCCAAAACCUGUCUGGAGGAAAGUACCAGAUGAAACUGGAGGGGAAAAUAGUUGAGAUGACCAUUACCAAUGUGCAACCAGAGGACAUAGGGAAGUACAGCUGUGUCACUGCAGACCAGAAGACCACAGCUGAAGUUAAAGUGCAAGGUAAAAAACAUUUACAUAAUUUAGCAGACACUUUUAUCCAGAGCAACUUACAGUUAGUGAGUGCAUACAUUAUUUUAUUUUUCAUACUGGCCCCCCGUGGGAAAUGAACCCACAACCCUGGCGUUGCAAACGCCAUGCUCUACCAACUGAGCUACAUCCCUGCCGGCCAUUCCCUACCCUGGACGACGCAGGGCCAAUUAUGCGCCGCCCCAUGGGUCUCCCGGUCGCGGCCGGCUACGACAGAGCCUGGAUUUGAACCAGGAUCUCUAGUGGCACAGCUAGCACUGCAAUGCAGUGCCUUAGACCACUGCGCCACUCGGGAGACGAGUUAAAUAUCAAUGCUUUUCCUUCUAAAUAAGCACAUUUAAUUAUUUAGGUUAGAGGUGGAAGGGUUGAGUGACUCCUGCUUUGAGACCAUACAAAUAGUUAGUUUGUAUUUAUACUUCUUGCACUCAUACAAUAUGAACCAAUGUUAAUGGUUCCACAGCUCUCCCUGUGACGUUCAAGCGGCAGCUCCAGAACAUGGUGAUCAUAGAGGGGGACAGUGGGGAGUUCUGUUGUGAGCUCUCAAAGCCUGGAGACCCCGUGGACUGGAGGAGGGGCCAGAGUCAUCCUAAAGUCUGGAGACAAAUA